AUGUCUAGAUCUGGUGUGGCUGUUGCCGACGAAUCCGUGAGUGCCUUCAACGACUUGAAGUUGGGUAAGAAGUUUAAGUUUGUCAUUUUUGCCUUGAACGACAAGAAGACCAGCAUUGUUGUGGAAGAAACUUCCACUGACGCUGAUUACGACGCCUUUUUGGAAAAAUUACCAGAAAACGAAUGUAAGUACGCCGUUUACGAUUUCGAAUAUGAAAUCGGUGGAGGUGAAGGUAAGAGAUCCAAGAUUAUCUUUUUCACUUGGUCUCCUGACACCGCUCCAAUCCGUUCUAAGAUGGUUUACGCUUCAUCCAAGGACGCAUUGAGAAGAGCCUUGAACGGUGUUGCUGCCGACAUCCAAGGUACCGACUUUUCCGAAGUUGCCUACGAGUCUGUUUUGGAAAGAGUCAGCAGAAGUACUCAUUAA